GAGUGACUCGGCUAAUUCUUAGAGAAAAAUGGACAUAUUUUACUCACCAUCCCCAUUCCUGCCGAUGGCCAUUAUCGUCGAAAGCAUCGAGAGGAUGAGACACAUACGCGACUUUAGAGAAGCAAUUCGCGAUUUGAUGCAUCGCUACGUGAGCAUCGAGCAGUUCUCCAUUUGGCACAAUCGUCACGCUUACAAUCGCCGCAAAUAUGUGAUCCAGAGUACCAUCAAGAACUGGAUGCCGUGGCUCUUUUGGUUCUUUGCAGUGUACAGUGCCUUGGGACUGAUUCAUCAGUUCUUUCAAUUCUUGCGCGCCAAACUAAUCGUGGAUCGUCCUGUGGGCAUGUGGCGUGAGCGCUAUUUCUAUGGGCUGCGCGACGAGACCAUUCGUCAGAUGCGCAUCUUGGGCAGCAUCAUCAUGCUCCUCUGCUGGCUGAUGCUCUUCAUUGGUAUUGUCUGGAGCAAACCCAAAUGCAUAAAGCCGUGGCUGACAAUAAUGGGCGUGAUCUUACCUUUUGACUUUGUUCUAUGGAGCAUGGAGGUCAUCGUUGGAUUGGAGCGGUUCACUUGGCAGGGCCUUGUUAGCUUUAUGCUGCCCUUCAUCUGCCAAAUUGUGCUGGGAUUUAUGAAAGGUGCUCUCGAGGAGCCCACCAGGAAACUGUUCCAGAUAUGAACCACUGGCCACAGCCGACAUUCCAAGCUUUCGACUGGAUUUA